ACCAGGACAGUGUGGCAGGCGAAGAGCAGGUCUGAGCUUUCUGAGGGGGGCCUGACCGCUGACCAUGGGGCCAACGCACUGAGGGCCCCCCAGACGAAAUAUAAAAUCCAAAGACGGGCGGACAAUAACCAAUAACAAGAAGAAAAAGCUAAAAAAAAAAAAAAAGACAGAGAAUAACAAUGGUUGCAGAGGAAGUGAUAAUUACAUUGUCCGGUGGAGCACCAUGGGGCUUUCGUCUACAGGGAGGAGUGGAACAUCAGAAACCGCUCCAGGUGGCUAAGGUGCGUAAACGCAGCAAGGCAUGCAGAGCUGGGCUUCGGGAGGGCGACGAGCUGGUGUCCAUCAACGAGCAACCAUGUGGAACGCUAUCCCAUGCCCAAGCCAUGAACCUCAUCGACAGCUCCCCUGGGAUAUUACACAUCCGGGUGAAAAGGGCACCUGCUGGUUUUCAGUCUGUGGUGCUUGUGACCCGUGCCCCAUCUCCCCGUAUAGACAAAGAGUACCGUGCUGCUCUGCGUGCCAUGUCUCCCACCCACCCCCACCACGCACCUGUCCGUGAGGUCCACCGUAGCCAUUCCUCCAUAACCAGUGGCUUGACAUCUCCACCUGGUAGCGAGGCUUACUACGGUGAGACUGACAGUGAUGCAGACGUGGCGGGCUUUGAGAGGCAGCGCCGGCAGAAACGCCGCAGUCCCAGCAACUCCAUCCCUGGGAAACCAACAGGACGACCCUCCCCUGAGGGUGGGGAGACAUCAGAGAUGAGUGGCUAUGACAGCGCUCCAGAUGCGCACAUUUACACCACUGUGUUGGAUGGACAUGGGGGAGAUGGAGAAGGAGGAGGGGUGCUAUCGGGGGUGGCAAGGAGGGAGGUGGUUUUCCAGCCUCCUGCUCCAGGAAUAUGGUCCUCCCAGACAUCCACUGAGACCUCCUCCAUCAUCUCUUCAGCAGAUGACCAGGGGCCACGGGAAGGAGGGCAAGAGGAGGACAGUGGCUUUCUAGAGCCAUCCAACGUGCCACUGGUAUCCCCUGAGAGGGCAAAGGAGGCCAUGAUGCUGGGGUCCCGCAGCCAGCUAGUGCCCAUGGUGGGUCCUUUGAAUAAACCCAUCGAUGAGGAGCUUACAACAACCUACAUGGAAAAGGCGAAGCAAGCCAAACUGAACCGAGGAGAUACAGUGCAGGACAAGCAUGUAAAGGAAGCCAAAAGCAAGUGUCGAACAAUUGCAUCCCUGCUGACUGAUGCUCCCAACCCUCACUCCAAGGGGGUACUGAUGUUCAAGAAGAGGCGGCAGCGCUCUAAGAAGUACACCCUAACCAGCUUUGGUAGUGUGGAUGAGGACAGGUAUCAGGACUCACAAGAGGAAGAUGGGGUAUUUCCUGGCAGCGAAUCAGAACUUGAUGAAGAUGGCUUCUCUGCAGUUCCUGACCCAACUUGGGAUAGUGACUACUUGGAUAUGUUGGAGAAGAGGGCAACUGCAGGCACUGAAGGUCGUGGGGAAGGGGCAGAUGACGCUCCGAGUCCAGGUUUGACUGACACUGCAGGAAAGGGCGCCCAAUUGUUUGAGCAGCAGAGAAAGAGAGCUGCAGAGCAUGCCAAGAAAGUGGAGACAGCGCAGCCUCAGGCUCGUCCACAGUCUCAAGUCCAAGAGCAGGCUCAGAUGUACCAGUUGCAUCCAGAGAUACAACCACAGAUGCAACCAAACCUCCAGCCUCAACAGAUGAUACCACUUGGGCCUACAACCAUACAGCAAGAACCCUCCCAGGCUCCAGGUCCAGUUGCUCUUGCUGUUGGCGCCCAUGGGGUGUCUAAUAGGGACCUAUCUUACUCUGCAGUUAGCACAGCUAGCAUGGUGAUGUCACCUCCAUCUGUGGCACCCAAACCAGCAGCUGCCUCAGUGACUAUUCUGACCAGUCCUGUACCACCAACUGAAACACCAUUACCAGAACUACCCACUAGUAACGUUCUCAACAGAACGGCACGUCCUUUCACUCCUGGUUUCAUUAGCAUCCGAUCUGCGACUGCCCCUGUAACUUUCCGACCACCGAUCACAAAAACGAUCCAGCGUCCUGCCUCAGUAGCUGUUGUGCCACCACCGUUAUCCACUGCCUCUGAACUACCCAUUAAUGCUACACCAGUAACAUCACAAAUAGCCCCUGGUCCUCCAUCAGUGCUCUCCCCACUGUCCUCUGUACCCCAAGGUCCCUUCGCUCAGAAACCUGAAGCUCCAGUUACCUUUCAUCCUCCAGCCAUCUCUACCUCUGUAGAGACAAUGCAGUCAGCACCUUCAAUAACUACUGUUCAUCAGGCUCAAUUCACAACUGCGCACCCAGUGUCUAUGCCUUCUAUACCGCAGGCUCCAAAAGCACCAGUGGUCCAAGCCCCUGUUCCUCCUGUAUCCCAAUUUUCUGGUUCAGUUGACCCAAUUGCCCCAGCGCCUCCACUUCAAGUGCCAGAUGCUCAGUCACCUCAACCUCAAUUUUCCAUGGCGACUGUAGCUCAAGUGUCAGUGGCUACCCAGCCAGAAGCUGUAGCUCCAACCCCUGUUCCUGGUCCAACAGGUCGCACAGGAAUCUUGCUUGAGGCGCGACGGCGUAGUGGCAAAAUCAAACCUAUGUUCAAUGUGCCAGAUGUCAAAAAGCACUCCCCCAAUCCCGAGCUAUUGUCUAUGGUGCAGAACCUGGAUGACAGGAACACCCGACACAAAUAUGGCCAACCGACCACUGAGGCUAACUAUAAUGCUGCGGAGGAAGAGAGGAGUGGUGAGGCCAGCAUGGGGAGGGCGCCUCCUCCAGUGGCACCUAAGCCACGGGUCAUGCACGAAGCCCCACAGAUUCUUCAAGCAGGGGGUAAAGGGGCCCAGCUGUUUGCACGCAGGCAGAGCCGCAUGGGCAUGUAUGUAGUGGAAACCCCACCCGAGACCCCUUACCAGCAGGAAGUGGCCUUGCACAAUGCAGCCCAACCCUUUGACUCCUCUCUCAAUCCUUCCCUUCCCUCUCAGUGGAAAUAUUCCUCGAAUGUCCGUGCCCCUCCACCCAUUGGGUACAACCCACUCCUGGCACCUUCUAUCCCUACAGGGCCUCAGAGGGAUACAAGGAAGCCAGACAGCAGGGGUAGAGGUGGGCCCCAAAGAGAGGGCAUCAAAGCUCUGGAUUUCAUGAGAAGGCAGCCCUACCAGCUCAACUCUGCCAUGUUCAACUAUGGGGGCAGUGCUACUAAUCUAUCUGCCAUACCUUCUUACCAGUCCCAGAGGCUGCAGCAGGGUAAUUACUCAACAACAAUGGUGGGCAGUUCAUUAACCUCGCCUAAGCAGGUCCCCAUCAAAACAGCUCGUGUCUAUGAGAUCAAGCGAUUCUCCACACCCACACCCAUGUCAGCUCCCACUUUGGCUCCAAAAGUCAUUGCACCCCGCUCAGCCACAACCCUUGGAGAACGUUUGCAUCACUGUGGCAUUACCUCCCCACCUCCUGCUCCUUUCACUCCAAGCCUGGCCCCUCUCUUUACACCAGCACCAGUCAGGGCCCUGACCCCCACUUCACCUCCCUCCCAAACAGCUGGACUGCCCGGCCUCCCAAAAUUCUCUGCCACCCCUAUUCCAAAACCUGGCCCCCCUGCAGUCCCUACACCUUACACUCCAGUAUCCUACACCACUGGGCUCCAAGCAGCUAAGCAGUUCCAAAGCGCUCCUGAGCUCAGUGUCCUUGCCUCUUUGCCCACACUCAAGUCCAACCCAGUUCAGGCGCCAAAACCACGUUUUGUUGCCACCAAGGGAGGCAUCCAUCCCUGUGUCUGGAGGCCAGGGGCAAUGUGAUGAGCAGGGAAUCAGUCUCAACCAGCCUCGAACAUCCUCAUGUACUAUUAACAUGACUAGUCAAUUAGUGACAAAAAUUAUUCAACAAUAAUUUUGUUAAUUGGUUCAUUGUUCAGGUGAAGCAAGAAUGCCAAAUAUUCACUGGCUCCAAUUUCUCAAAAGUGACAGUUUUCAUUGUAAAUGGAAUAUCUUUGGGUUUUGGGUAGCUGGUCGAACAAAAAACAACAAAACAACAAACCUUAGGUUUUGGGAAAUUGUGAUGGGCAAUUCUCAAUUAAAUUAUUAAUUUUAAAAAAUGCUAAAUCAAUGAAAAUAAGCAGCCCUUCAUCCAUUAAUUUAAGCUGCAAAUUCAGAUGCAAACAUAAGGUGCUGUCAUUUUUCAGUAUAACGUUAAAAUCAGAAACCGGUCAAGUUUUUUAAAUGUGUUAGAAUUUGAAUAAUGGCAAUAGAUCAUAAAUAUCUACUUGAUGUUCAAAACGCUGCUUAUCACAUUUAUUUUGCUACCAACACAUUUAUUCACACAUUUAUCACAUUGACAAUAAUAAUAAUAGGGAAUAUUAGCACAUACUGUAUGCUGUGUAGUCCACCAUAUGCCUGUCCUGGGGGAGGUUUGUGUAAGGCUACUGGAGAUCUCUUUCUACUAAUUUAGCAGAAACACCAUCUAAACAGAGCCUGUACUGAAUUAUUCUUUGAAACUUGAAAUGUCUGAAAGAUGUUGACAAUGAAUAGUUGCAGUUCUGACCAUAGGAUUAAAUCACUGAAGAUGUAUGUUGUAGUAUGUUGACAGGUGGAGGUGGAUAAAGGAUUUUAUCUUUGAACAUGUAUUCUCUCAUUCAGUACUUGUCCUACUAAAUGAUGUGCACAACAUUUUUUUACCCACUAUCUGUAGCAUUAUCAAGAAGAAACUCAUGAUGACCUAGUUUAGGGUCAGCAUGGGUCAGGGGUUUAAAUGAUGCAUGAACAGUUCAAAAUUGUACAUUUUUUUUAAAAUUCCUCAGCUCACUGUGGAACUAUAUGUGAAGACAAGGUUUACUCUUGCAAAGUGUAACUGAGGUUGUCCUAAAUACCUCUGCUCACUAUAGCCAGAGAGAAAUGCUGUCUUUUUAGCAUGGGUCACAUUCAAGAAGUGCACGGGCUGUCACUGAAUGUACACUGGUCACUGGAUACCACAGCUUCCAAUUGCCACUUAGGUACACCAGAGCCUCCUUAGUAUCAGUGUGAUCUUUGCAGAUAUGUGUAAAUUCUUUAACUUUUAUUAAACAAAUAACACAGAUGAAGGAAUGUGUAUUUUGUUUUUAAUAAUUGUGAUUCAGUCUGAAGGGUUGCAAGGGGAAGUUGACUAACUGAGUGGCACCAGCCUUUGUAAAAGGGUUCAAGGAAAGAGGUUGGCUGUGGAAAGGGGGUAUGAGCAGGAUAUAGGUAGGCCAGAUUACCAAAUGGGAUCACAGGCCAUUUCACAGAAACGGUCAUGAUCAGAUGCAGUAAAACUGAGACUUAUGAUUGUUUGUAUAUAGUUUUGAAAUCCCACAGCCAGUAGAAAUCAAAGGAUGAUGGCCAAGAAAGAUUGGUGCCUGAAGUUCAUUGGAAAAGCUAAAGAAGUUUAGCUGGUGUCUUUCCAUUAACUAUGGAACAAGUAAAGGAUAAACGUCUUUAAUGGUUAUAUACAUUGAGAGACUGGGUACGUAACAAAAAGUGAGAAAGAAAGAGAAUGAAUAUGUUGUUUUCAGUUGUGGAGAUACUUUUGCUAUUUUUUACCAUUUCUGAAAUAUAAUUUCUCUUGCAGCUUUUUUUUUGUUUUCAUAAUAUUACUACGAAAAAACUAGGUUUUGGAUAUAGUUAUGUUGAGGUGUAAAAUAUGAUAAAUACAUAUUUCUGAAUGUAGUUGGAUUAAAUAAUAAGUGUGGAAAUGUCUGUUAUUAAUGCUGAGUAGAAGUUUAUACUGACUAGGAGACAAGACAUUUUUAGAAGAAUAAAAUUAAAUUUGAAAGCUC